AUGGCUGAUGAAAAUCAGUGUCGGAUUACAACGUCAAAUAAUACUACAUGUACCACCAAUCAUGAAAUAUCGAAAGAACAGCAAAUUGCUUAUGGCUCGGCUCCAGUAAUAUACCAACCGUACAGUUUGCCUCAAUCUUAUAUAUGUGUUCAACCUACACCAAAUAGUCAAAUCGUUAAUCAUUAUUCACCAAAUAAUAUGGUAACUCAACAUCAACUUUAUCAGCAACAAGUACCAUCAACUAUUAACGUUUCAUCUGCGUAUGUACAACAAGCGAUGUUACAUUCCAACAUGAAUCCACAACAAGCGUUAGUUUCAUCAUAUCAUCCUCCGGUUAAUACUAAUGUUUUGUUUGCGUCAUCAAUGACUAAUCCUACUGUUUCUUCAACACCAAUGUCUGCUACUACCAAGAGAGGUCGCAACGACAUCAGUGGGGUUUCGGAUUCGAAUGCGCAAGAACGACCUCAAUACUAUCAGACAACUCGUAUUUUUAAUGCUCGUAAUACACCUGAGCCAGUCCAUGAUGGUGAUAAAGCUGAACGUUUACUCGAAUGGAUGGACACAUGUUCUCUUGGUCCUUUUGUUCCAGAUUCUAAUACAUCUCUUCGUUCGGAUCGUACAAUUGAUUAUGCCUUAGCAGCCGGUAUGAAUCUAUCAAUUCAAACAUCUGAAGAUGACACUUCUAGUGAUCAUAAGCCUCUUCUUAUGGUGCUUGCAUGUGAUACAGUUUUAAAGCGUCAAGGAUCGCUUGUACAAUGA